CGAAGGUUUCGGAGGUGUUGGAUGAGCUUGAAACUCGUCUGACGUGGAUGAUUCCGGUCCUGCGCGCUGUGAUCGAUUCUAGUCAGCGAGGCUACUACGAGGUUCGGUGGGCUCGGCUAUUUUGCUGACCUCCCAACCUUCCAAAAUUAUUCCUACAAACAAAUUAUCAUGCCCAAGCCAAAUCUGGAUUUCCUCUCCUUGAAAGCCACAUAAUUUAGCUACUUUUAGAGCAAGCCUAUAUGUGUUUAGUGUCUAAGAACACUGCAGUUGGAGACACCAUCUGCGUCUUCUUUGGCUUGGACAUGCCUUUUGUUAUACGGAGGGAGGACGAUUAUUAUAUAUUGAUCGGCCAAUGUUAUGUAGAAGGCGAAACCAUAAAUUAUCUCGAAGAAGGCCGAUUCGGUGUUACAUAGUCUGCCUUAAGAUGAUCACGACCGUGAAACUUGU